AUGUCUACAUUAUCUAGCAGGAAUAACCAACAAAAUAUUUAUGAAAACUUGCCUUCUUCUUAUGAUGAAUCACAAGCAUCAGCAGGUAUUCCCAUAGUCAAACAAAUUGAAAUGAUUAUUGAAGAAAUUAUUGCUUUUUCUGAUACAUUUAAUAAACAAAAAAAACAUCAUAUUAAUGAAAUCAGUCUUUACCAAACAACUUUUGAAAAACAAAAUCAAGAAAUAAAAGAAAAUCAUGCUAAUGAAAUCAGUCUUUACCGAGAAUUAAUUAAUAUAAAAACAAAUGCAAUUACAACUUUAAUGUCUACAAUUGAAAACUAUAAAAAAGAAGUUAAACGAAUUGAAGAAAUAAGAAAAAAUCAUGAAUAUGAAUAUAGUGAAAGAUUAAAAGAAAAAGAUAAAAUUCUUAAACAUAAAAAAGAAAUAUAUAAACAUGAAAAAGAAAAAAGAGAAAGAAUUUAUAAAUGUGAAAUAGACCUUAUGCAACAAACUAUUAAUCAUUUAGAACAAACUAUUAGAGAUUUACAAACUCAACUUAGAAAUUAUGAAAAU